AUGGCGCAGUCAGGCAACAACGACGCCGCCCCGAUCAGCACCCAGCCCGCGGCGGUAAGGGAUCUCGCCCCGAGAUUUGUUUCGAGGACGCCCGAGGAGGAGGAGGCCAGGCUGAGGUACCUCGAGUUCGUGCAGCAGGCGGCGGCGCAGGCGGUCGUGCUGGCCGCCGCGGCCUACGCCUACGCCAAGCAGGGCGCAGGCCCGCUCCGCCUCGGCGUCGACCACGUCGAGGGGACCGUCAAGGCCGUCGUCGGCCCCGUCUACGACCGCUACCACGCCGUGCCGCUCGACCUCCUCAAGUUCCUCGACCGCAAGGUUGAUGAGUCUGUCCAGGAGCUUGAUCGUCGUGUCCCACCGGUCGUGAAGGAGGUGCCAACCUAUGCCCGCUCUGCAGCAGCUGAGGUGCAGAAGACAGGCAUAAUGGGCACAGCAACUGGACUGGCCAAGUCGGCCAUUGCUCGCGCUGAGCCAAAGGCCCGCGACUUGUAUACCCGCUACGAGCCUGUGGCCGAGCGCAAGGCUGCCGAAGCCUGGGCUGCCCUGAACCGCCUCCCGCUCGUCCCCUCAGUGACCCGUGCCGUCCUCCCCACAGCUGCACAGCUCUCAGCCAAGUACAACUCUGCCGUGCUUGAUGGUGCUAAGCGUGGCAACUCCGUCGCUACCUACCUCCCGCUUGUCCCAACGGAGCGCAUCGCAAGGGUUUUUGCCUACCCGGCAGCUGACCCUGCGCCUGCCACAGCUCCUGAGAUGCAGCCCAUCCCGACGCAGUAA